AUGUCUCAGCGGGCCUCCAGCUCCUCGAGCGGAAGCAACCAGUUCACCUUCGUGUCUGGGAACAUCCAGUCGGAAGCUCGCAGCCAUGCGAUGCGGGAACACUGGAAGCGCCGCCACAAGCGCAAUCAAGAAGCUAAGUCGAAUCGCACCAGGAAAACAUCUCGUACUCUGCUUCCACGCUCUAUGAACAGUGAGGAACCCUCGUCGUCAGAGUUGCAGCAGAGUACUGCUUGGAUUGAGAAGGCAAAAGAAAAAGAGACGGGCAAUGCCGGGGCCGGGAUCCCUGCUCAGCUGUUGUGCGGUAUGGGUUAUGCGCUGUCAAGCUCGAGGCCGGACCCGUUUCAGACUUGUCCUGUUCAUCUGACGAGCCAGCAUCAGAGACUACUGCAUCACUGGAUUGGCACCCAUGCCGCGAUGAUGUUUGAAGAGCUGGAAGUGACCGAGUUUAACCCGAUGAGAGAUGUUUGGUUCCCGUUGGAUCUGUCGAAUGCAUCGUCUUUUAAUUGCAUCAUGGCGCAUUCGGCUGCUCACUUGGCUCAUUUAUACGCUGGCACUCCGCCGCGGCGAGGGACGAAUUCUGCGGACGCCUUGAAAUAUAAGAUUGAGGCUGUCAGGAUAUUACGGCUUUGGCUUGCUGAUCCUGAGAAGGAGCUUAGCGAUGACUCUUUCGCUGCUACUGUUCGUCUCCUCACCUUUGAGCGAUACUGGGGCACCGCGGCCGAUUGGCAGAUUCACCGUGACGGUCUCCAGCGGAUGAUUGAUGCCAAAGGCGGGGUUGAGGCUCUGCAUGAGAACUGGCGUCUGGAGCUCGUUGUCUACCUGUGGGUGCAGCUUGCGAAGGGCUUGGUCGUGAUACUGACUCUCUUAGUGUCUCACUAA